GGCUACGGUGACAGCUAAUUGGAGGGCCUGGGGAAAGAACAGGAGAGUGGAGUGAGGGUGAACAAACGGAGGUGGGGUACGCUAGCCAAGCGAUCGUUAAAACCUGUUGACUUACCUUUCAAGGGAGAGACAGACAGCAAUAGAUGCAAAAGCAACAGAGUAAAAGAGACGCAGAGAGAGAGAAAAAGACGGGCAAGAGAGGAAGACGAGGAACCAGGAGAGUAACAAAAGGAGAAUGGAAAUACAGCAACAGAGAAUAGAGAAAGGCGGAUCGACAGGGAGAAAACGCUAGAGAGCAACUAUCAUUACUGGAAGUCAGUGAGGUAGCGCUCGAUAAACAUUUAAAAAAAUUGAAUUUUAAACAUUUUGAGCUAAAAAUCAGAAAAAGCAGAAAAGGCAAAUUUAUAGCCUUUGCUUUGGAGAUUCUGGCAUUUGAGAAGCUAGGACUCCGUCAGCGAGAUGGAGAAGUAUGAGAAGCUGGGUAAAAUCGGGGAGGGUUCCUACGGGGUGGUGUUCAGAUGCAGGAACAAGGACACGGGUCAGAUUGUGGCCAUCAAGAAGUUUGUGGAGUCGGAAGACGAUCCUUUGAUAAGGAAGAUUGCAUUGAGAGAAAUCCGUAUGUUAAAGCAACUCAAACACGUGAACCUAGUUAACCUGUUGGAGGUAUUCAGGCGGAAGCGCAAACUGCAUCUGGUCUUCGAGUAUUGUGACCACACAGUACUGAAUGAGUUGGACAAGUACCCCAGGGGAGUUGCAGAGGAUCAAGUGAAGAGCAUCAUAAGGCAAACGCUGCAGGCUGUCAACUUCUGUCAUAAGCACAAUUGCAUCCACAGAGAUGUGAAACCAGAGAAUAUCCUCAUCACCAAGCAUGGAGUCAUCAAGCUCUGCGAUUUUGGCUUUGCAAGAAUCUUGACAGGUCCAGGGGAUGACUACACUGAUUACGUGGCAACUCGCUGGUACCGUGCCCCGGAACUUCUGGUCGGAGAUACGCAGUAUGGACCACCAGUGGAUGUCUGGGCAAUAGGCUGUGUUUUUGCUGAGCUUACCUCAGGCAAUCCUCUGUGGCCUGGCCGGUCAGAUGUCGAUCAGCUUUAUCUAAUCAGGAGGACACUGGGUGAUCUCAUCCCUCGCCACCAGAAAGUGUUCAGUUCCAACCAGUUCUUCAGUGGAGUCAGUAUUCCAGUUCCUGACAUUAUGGAGCCAUUGGAAGUGAAGUUUCCACACAUAUCUGCUCAGGCACUUCACUUAAUGAAGGGCUGUCUGAUGAUGAAUCCCUCAGAAAGGCUGACAUGUGAACAGUUGCUGCAGCACCCACACUUUGACAGCUGCCGCGAAGAGAUAGACAAAGAUGCUGAGAAGCUGAACAGGAAGCAUGAGAAGUUGCCACGCAGGCGCCCACCUGGCCUCCAAUACCUGCCUCAACUAACAAGCAGCAACAUCUCGCCAGCAUCCGAAACCAAGAAGUACCACCGGCACAAGAAUGACCAUCACUUGCCCAACAUCUGACUAUAUGGCAGCAAAAGCCAGCGAACCCAGCCAAACACCCAUAUGUACUUCCACAACGUCCCCAGCAAGUGGAACUCCUGACAGAACACUUACAAAGCCACUCUGCAUUUAAAAAGGAGAUGGCCAUUCAAUAGAUAGGGGUUUUCGGCUGGACAGGGACUUGUAUACCUGUGUUCUUAAUUUGGCAUUAUAUUUGUGUAGGAGGUCCAACCCCCUUCACGUGAAUGGAAGUCCUGUCGAGUAAUAUGACAGGCCUCUGCUGAUAUUGCAAUGUUUGGUGCAGACUGCCUGGCAAAUAAUACCACCCCUGUUGGCAAGGCACUUUAAAUCAAUGAAUACCGGAGACAUUACAGCCAUUUGUACAUUAUCCUUGUUUGCAAAUUAUUUUUAUUGGCCAGUGAAUCCACAGUGGCAGUUUUCUAAUUGAUUGACAAUUAAAUAUCCACUCAGUGGCAUGGCCAUUUCAGAAAUUAAUUCCAUAGCGCCACCUACUGGCCAAAACCUACAAUUGCAGUGACUUAAGAAGCAAAAUUGAACACAAAAUGUUGACAGAGCAAUUUACAUUGGGAAAUGUUGGCCGAAAAGUGUGACCAAAAAUCAGACAGAAGGAAGUAAGCUUUUAUGGGCAAGUGCCUUACAUUCUUACAUCCUAUGUAUGAUUUUUAGACAACCAAAACAACAGUUGUCUCCAAAAAAGUAAUCAUUGCACAUACUUGUGAGUAUUGGUCAUGGGGGGGGUCAAUUCUCCAAAAUACCCCAGGCUCAUUCUAUCUCUGCUGGGUUUUCAAGGAUGACAAGUGGUUCCAAUACCCUCACUGCAGGAUUUGAACUGAAACCUAUUUCUCCAGCCAGAAUCUAAAUCUGGAGUAAGCUCCUAUUACAUGGCUGAUUUUUCUACAAGUGACAGCUAUAACGAUUUGAAAUAUACAGUAGUUAUUCAUUCUAUUCAUGUGCACCUUUCUGUCCAGCAUUAAAUAUUAUGUCUCAUUGAACACUGAUGCAAUCACUGAGUGAAGCUAACCUAAUCCCUAAAUGGAGAUCUCAAAUGGUUAGGAAUUAAUUCUGAAUCCUCAGCAGCUGGAGAAGUGAUAUUGAAGUGUGGGACAGGUAAGAUUCUGAUGGCAAAUCAUUGAUCUUUAGGACAGCAAACAAGGAUUACAUUUCCCUUGCAACUGCUGGCUUUCGAGCACAGUGCUUUGAACAAUGAUAUUCUCUUACUUAGACUGUUCAUUUGGAAGCAGAGUGCAAUGCUGGCAAAUGGCACAAUUCCCUAGACCUGCUGCCUAGCAACAGAACAACAAAUAGGCAGCCAGAUCUAGAUGGUCACAAAACAGCAGAAGGUCAGAUAAGACCUUUCAAUCAUGACUUCCCCAUUAAAACAAGAGCCUAAACUUAAACUCAUCCCCAUCAUCAUUCAGCCAUUGAGUGACUCCUGGGCCAUUGUCCCAACAAGGCCAAAGGAAACUAAGUGGGACAGAAUAGACAUUGUUGUUGUUUCUACUGGUUUAGAUUAUAUGUUGUGCUCAAAAUGACUGAGGAUUGGUCUGGAGCCUGAGCUUUGUUGUAGCUCCUGAUUUAUUUAAUAAUGUACUCCACAGAGAUUGGAAUAUCCAUACAAAAGAAGCAGCCUUUGUCCAGGGGAUAGUUCCACACUUCAUUCCUGUUAGUGCAAGUGGGAGGAUGGAGCCUCACUCCUCAUUCAGUGCGACAUUUGAUUUGCUAGCCAUAAGCAUAUAGCCUUCUAUGUGAUCAUGCUGUGCAUAAAUGUAUGCCAUGUUUCCUACAUUACAACACUUUAAAUGUAUUUAUUUGGCUGUUGAGCACCUUAGGGCAUUGAGGUUUGAAAAAUACUGUAUAAAUAGUUUAUAAAACAUCUUAUCUUUCAAUAAUCCUGUUCAUUCAGUCUGUCUCUUAAUUCAAUAUUAAGGGGAGUUGUUUACAUCAUGGGAUGUUAUAAACAGAUGUAAGGAGGUGACAGCAUCUCUCAGUAACCUCUAACAUUGCACCCUACCAAUCGCCAGCAUCUUGGUGACCAGAGACAUGCCAGUAACUGCAAGUAUCUCACAUUUCAAAAUUAUGAAGCAAUUAAAGAAUCUAAUUUUUUAAACUAUUUCUCUUUACUUAAGUGUACAUUCUGAUACUGUGUUAGCUCAGCUUUGCGACCAGCCCACUCUGUUCACUGUUGUUUAUUAUUAUAGUUGUCAAACCUCUAGGAUCAUCUUGGCACCUCCAGGGAUUGGUGGACAUUACCAUGGCAGAUCUGAAAGAAACAGUGUUCAAAUUUUUUUUAAACAGUUUAUGUUGAACACUUCAGGAAAAAUGGCUGUUUGACCAGGUGGAGAAGUUGAAUGUGGGAAGUUGUGUGAUUUAAAUCUCCAGGCACACAUCCAACCCGAGUUGGGAGCUCUAACUCCUGUUGUAUCGUCCUGGAGACUCGGCAUUCAGAAUGCAGCAGUUUCUUUGACUUGAGACAAAAACAUUAAACCUCACGUUAGUCAAAAUGGGAUCUCUAGCACAAAAGAAUGUGAGGAAGCUUCUGAAUUCUGGCUGUGUAGCAUCAGGUGUUUGCACGAU